AUGAGUAUUGUGCUUGUUACUGGAGGUAGCGGGUUUAUCGCUGCGCAUAUCAUAAGGACCCUAUUGCAAAACAGCUACACAGUGGUCACUACCGUCCGGUCGCCAGCCAAGGGCAACAAUGUCCUUACCAGCCAUGCAGAUAUCUCCAAUGGCAAGCUCUCAUAUCUUGUAGUGAGCGACAUUACCAACCCAAAAGCUUUUGAACAUGUUUUCCGUCGAGGAAUUCCUUUUUCUGCCGUGUUCCACACGGCAUCCCCCUUUCACGACAACUUUGUGGACCCGGUUGAGGGUCUAUUGAAGCCGGCCAUCAGUGGUACAAAGAAUAUACUACACGCAAUCAAGGCCUAUGCGCCUACUUGCAAAAGAGUGGUUAUUACAUCGAGCUUCGCAGCCAUCGUCAACCCUAACCGGCCGCCCAAAAUCUACGAUGAAUCGUCGUGGAACCCCGUAUCAUGGGAUGAGGCCGUUACAGACCGCACCAAGGCGUACCGUGGAAGCAAAACGUUUGCGGAAAGGGCCGGGUGGGAGUUUGUACAAGCAGAAAAGCCAGGUUUCGAUCUCGUCACCAUCAACCCGCCACUAGUAUACGGGCCAGUAGUGCACCACCUAUCUACGCUGAAUAAUCUCAAUACCUCGAACCAGAGGAUACGGGACUUUAUUCAAGGCAGAUAUUCGAUGCAGGCAUUGCCCCCGACUGGGACUUUUCUAUGGGUGGACGUCAGAGAUGUUGCAUUGGCACACAUGAGAGCAAUCCAAGUCCCCGAAGCCGGCAAUAAGCGCUUCUUUGUGGUUGCCGGUCACUGUUCAAACAAGAGGAUUUGCGACGUUAUCCGGCAGACACACCCAAAACUAUCUUCGCUACUGCCAGACAACGCCAUUGACGACUUUCCCAGAGACGUCUAUGGCUAUAAUAAUGCUAGAGCCCAAGAUAUACUGGGUGUCAAGUUCCGACCGUUGGAGGAAUGCAUCAAAGACACGGCGGCCUCCCUGUUGGAUCUAGGCGCUUGA